AUGCAGCGCGUUGUGCAGGAGAAUUCCUCUACCAGUUCUGCAGCAGAAACGCCAGCCUCAGACUUUAAAAUAAUUAACUCCCGCUGCUGCACUAAUAACUCAGCAUUCUGGCGACAAUUAUAUGGUGUUGUGUUUGUCGCGUUUCUCGGUUACGCGUUGCGGGAACAGACUUUUGUCUUAGCACUGUAUUUAUCGUAUUCAAAAAUCGGUGCAAUGCUUGGCGUCACCCUCGCCCUUUUUUUCGCGCGCGUAUUUUGCUAG